AUAUCCUCUGGUAGUCGGUGGCAAACUUUACACGUAGACUAGAACAGGAGUCAAGACACUCACGACAAUCCUGAUAAAUGUAUCUGACUCCAGAAUUCUGCACUAAAAUCUAUAGAAAGCUGGUUUUCUUUCUUUAGUCCGUCCGAACAUGGAUUCCAGAUAUGUCUUGGAGCAGACCAGGGUCGUCGGGGCGGAUUUCAGCUACCGGGAGGGCCGCUCCGUGCUCCGUGACACACGGGUCCCCACGGCGGGGAACGGCGGCCCUGCACCGGUGUGCACAACAGGGAAGGUGUUUUACAAAUGCAUCAUGGAGGUGAAAGGAGAGAGAGGCUCUGCGGGUGGUCGGAUGCUCCAAGACGCGGAAAAACCGGGCCUCGGGGACCACAAAGAAGCGGGUUCCUCUGGGAUCUUGAAGAGGGCCAGUCCGACUCACUGCCCCGGCGUAAACGGGCAGUUGCCGGGCUGCUUCAUGCACUUGGACAUCAGGAACCCAGGGAAACUGGCAGAGAUCGCCAACAACUUUAGGGCAGCACAAGGACGGAGCGUCCCACCGGCGGAGACACAACACCUCCCUUCCUCCCACAUCCCCGUCCCCAGAAACAGGAAGCCCUCAGGUCAUGCUGAUAAAGAGGUGAUGGCUGCCACCGUCCUGACCUCACUGUCCACAUCCCCUUUGGUGCUCAACCCUCCCUCUGCACCCACAGUCCCAGAGACGGCCAGCAGGGCCUGGAAGGAGGUGCUGUCGGCCAGCUACAGCAGCUCCACCAGUGGCAACUGGAGCUGGGACGCCAGCGACCAAUCGGUGCCCUCCACGCCGUCACCCCCUCUCUCCAACGACGCCAACAAGAACUUCCUGCUAUCAUCCCAGGGUGAUGAUGUCAUCGAGGAUGUGUCGGAGAGCACGCACUUCAUGUUUGAGGACCCCAUACCUAGGAAGCGAAAGAACUCCAUGAAGGUGAUGUUCAAGUGCUUGUGGAAGAACUGUGAAAAGGUCCUCAGCACCUCCUCAGGGAUCCAGAGACACGUCCGUAUCGUCCACCUGGGGCGGAGCAGCGACUCGGACUACAGCGACGGAGAGGAGGACUUCUACUACUCAGAGAUCGAGGUGAACAUGGACAGCCUGACGGAGGGCCUGUCCAGCCUCACGCCCACCUCCCCCACCACGUGCGGCCCUCCGCCCGUCUUCCCUCCGCCGCUCACCGCCGUCCCUCACUCCGAGCACAUCAACGUGAGUGGCCCGCAGAGCCCCGCCCCCACGCUGCUCAGCCAGUCCGCUCCAUCCACGCUCUGCCACAUCCGCACCGACCACGCCUACCAGGGUCCGGUGACUCACGUCCGGACCGUUAGCAUCGGUGAGAAGAGGCAGCCGGCAGCCAUCACACACACACCGCUGAACAAGAACCACGCUCUGAUAACACCGGCUCCUAAAUCAGCUCCAGGAAACAGGAAACCCCGCGGGGAGGCGAAGAAGUGCCGAAAGGUGUACGGCAUGGAGAAGAGAGACAUGUGGUGCACAGCCUGUCGCUGGAAAAAAGCCUGCCAGAGAUUCACCGACUAAUCCAGACCCCACCUUCUACGAGUCCGUGAUGAAAUGAGCUCUUCCUCACUCGGAGCGACGGCUGGAGGUGGACUCUUCCACCGAGGGAGACGAAGGGAGGAAGAGGGGAGGAUUUCUUCACGAACUGAGCUCUCAGUGCCGCUUCCUCCGGACCCAGCGGGGGGGUUCGCCUUCUCUCUUUUCCCCGUUUGCAAACACACAAAGAGAAAAUAAAAAUGCGGAUAAAAACAAACAAAAAAAAGGACUUACUGCAGGUUGGGAGACUUUUUUUUUCUUCUCUAAAGCUGAAACUGAAUAAGGAAAAACAUCUAAUCUGGAACAAUCUGAUUCAUUGUUUUUGUUUUACCUUUUCCACUUUUCCACUUUUCACAGCCUCAACUCAAGGCAAUGUUUAAGGACUACAGAUAAGCUUUUCUUUUUUUGUCAGUAUAAUCUGUUCAUUAUAGGAGCAUCAUGUAGUUACUGUUUAUGGGGUGAAUCAUGACUUUUAACACCAGAUAACACUUCUGUAGCAUAUCCGCUUUUUUAACUGUUCCUCUUACAACCAACAGUUUUGAGUGUACUCUUAAAUCUAACAUCACCGUCUUCUGCAGCCUUCCCGGAUACAGACUUUAUUUUUAUCGACAUAUUAUUCAUUAUCUACUUCCUGUUCAUUAAGCAAACUUCAGCAAAGCCAGCUAAUCUUCUUGUAAUAUUUUGUAAUUUUUUUUUUUGCAAUGAUGCACAGAAAACGCUCAAACACGAAAAGUGGUACAAAAAAAAUGUUUCCCCCUUUUGACUUUCCAGAUUAUUUUUUUGAGAGAUGUACACAAUAUAUGAAUUAUCUCUUGAGAAACGCACCUUGAAGAAAUAAGUCGUCUUUUAGAGUAUCACUGAAGCCACAGCGUAUGUCUGAGAUAUAUCUAUUCUUACACAGAGUUUAUUUUCAGCAGUGAUUUUGCUGAAGCAACUUGUAGUUGCACCGUGCAAUCGGCAGGAUUACAGCGUUUGAUAUUGUCUUGCUUUGUGGUUGUCGUUGAUGUUAGGGUUGUUUUCUUUGACAGCUGACGUUCUUAAAGAGAUUGUUUCCUACAAUGAAUGACAACUGCCCUUUGUAUCUUUAACGUAGAGCCUGACGGAUGUACAUAGGUGAAUAACGUAGAGAUUGUAACCCAACGAUCACUUCCUGUUUAUAAAUCAGGCAUUUGAAUCCAUUUUUAUUUUACAGUUUUAAAUGGAGAAGUUACCCAACUCACUGCAGCAUUUGUAGAUAACUUCAUAGGAACCAAGACUUUUAUUUCCUGUGUUUUUAUUAGAUGUAUUUUAAUCCUUCAGAAUGCUAUCUCACUCUGGUAGAACAUUUUGGAAAAAGAAAAAUGAGAAUCAAGUCUGAAUUUAAAACUUUUACUUUUUUUUAGAAGUGGCCUGAAAAACCUUAAUGUAAGAACUACGUUCCCAAGUUUUAGAUGAAAUAUAAAAUAUAGGUGGUAGAUUUUUAGAUAGUUAGAAAUAGUCAUUUUUUCUUAUAAUUCCCUUUGACUUGUAUUAAAAAGAAAAGCAAUAUUUCCCCACCGUUAAAAAAUGUGAAUCUUCCAUUUUAAAGCCCGUUUUAUUGCCUGUUGCAUUUUAAUGAAUUAUCCAAGAUGAACAACAAUGAAAGAAAAAAAAUAAAAAUAAAGCAGCUUGGAUUUUUACUGCAAGACAUAUUUUUGCUGCAUUAAAGGAACGUUCCUAUAAAAACAGUUCAACAAUUUAACUAAUUAUUCUUUGAAGGUCACCAGCCUAAAACUGUUCUCCUCCAGCGUUUGUAAUUGUCUUAAUAGUGAUCUCUUAUUGGGGAUAAUUAUGAUGAAAGUAAAAUGGAUAACUGCAAGUCAGUAGUCGUUUUUUACUCAUUCAUAAAUUCCCUCUUUUGUAAAGUUGUUGUUAACUUGUUCUGAUUUGACAAAAAUGAUAUUUUCAAGAUAAUAACCUGCUUCCUCCUAAACAAUAGACAAGUCCAUUAAUUUAUUUAUAUCAAAACAAAUCACAAAGUUCCCUCACAAACUGGUAUUUAUUCUGAUCUGCCGACAGUAGAUGUAUAUUAAUGUAAUUUGUCAGCAGCAGACUCAACUCUCUCAAGCGCUCCUGACACUGAAACGACCUGAUCGCCAUGGCGACGUGUGACAAACACGGGGCGCCAUCCGUCCUCUCCUGUACGAGCAGGGCCGAGGUACAGUUACGACUUCAGACCUCCCGUCGCCAUAGAAACACCUGUGCUUCAAACGCUGUCGGCACAAGGUCGCUGGUGCUGUGUACCACGGUUAAAGGAGACCGAGGCUUGAAUUCAGACAUAUAAAACACAUGUUAGCCGUUAUAAUAAUUAAUGAUAUCUCAUUUCACAUCACAUUAUUUGUGUGAUCUGAAAAAAUAAACGCCUGUAAAUCGUUUAUUUCCAGCCGCAUCCCAGAUAAGCUUCUUCCGGUCAGAAACUUCACAAAGUGCCAAUGAAAAGAACAUAAAAAGGAGAAUAAAGGUUUACUGACCUGAUGAAAUUGCACUACGUUGCUCUGCGCAAAAAGACAUGUUUUUAUACAUGGAUGUUUUAUAUUCACAAAUAUUGAAGUGAAAGGACUUGUUGUUUUUUCUCAAAGAGGGUGGGAGGGAUGUCGUCACUGCCUGAUGGAUUAAAUGGGGUGUCAGGGAUUAAGGGGUCCCCCAUUACUAAAAAAAGAAGGUGAUUUGACAGUUAAUGUCUGGUCUCUCGUUGUCAGAGUGCUGAACACACUGGCUGUUGUCGAGGUGUGGUACUUAUGUAGUCAGUCACUCUGCCUUUCCUUGGAGAAGUGCCAAGGACCUUGUCUCAGUGAUGUGAAAACAACGGUCUCAGUCAGCCGCUACACAUUAAUGAUAACAGAUGCUUAUACAAUGCUUUAUUGCCUGGUAUUUUUUUUAUUUUUCUUACAAUAUUCACACACUUUUUAUCCAUAACGCACGUCUUUGUGCUUCCUUUCUUAUUUUACAUUUUACUGAGCUAGAGGUAGAAACUGUGUAGAUCCUGUUAUUAGUGCUGGAUACCACUUUUGAUUUUAAUCUUUGGUUUGCAACCCAUCAGGUCUCUCUCCAUCCGAGGCUCUUUAAGAUUCCACCAGAAGGGUUAGAGGUCGAUGCCUUUUGAUGGAUGUCAAUGGGACCGAUUGUGUCACUAUUCCACCUCUUGAAAUUCACCGUUGUCUGUCCCGUUCUCAGAGACGCCUUGAGGGAAUUUUCUCCAAAUUUGGCACAAACGUCCACUAGCACUCAAGGUUAAACUGAUUACAUUUUAGUGGUCAAAGGUCACCGUGACCUUAGUCAUAACUAAAGAAUUCACAUGCUUAACUAGCAAUGUGCACUCAGUAGAAUGCAAAUAUCUGCCAGGUGUGUCUGAAUCAACCACUGCUGUAUUGGUGAUUAAAUUAAUACAACCCACAAUUGGCUAACCCCACCCGUCUAGACACUAAUGGACUCUAAUGUGUAGUAAAACAAACAUCAGUUACUCUCAAAAACAAGCAGUGACGUACGCAGGCAAUGGUCUCGAAGUUGUUGUAUAAGACGUUUUCAAACAAUCUGACCUCGAAGUGGUGACGAUGUACUCAGUAGUGUGUGUUCAAGUAGCUCUGUUAGCUGUUUCCCCGCUGCUGGGGGAUCGGCGAUGCACUCAGCUGUGUUUAUUCCUAGCGGCCCAAAACAGUAUAAAAAGAUAAUAAAAUCUGUUUUGAGAAAGUGUGAGUCACCACAAAACACGGGAGGUCCUUUUGCACGCAUCCAUAACCUGCAGCCCAAAAUAUAUAAUGCAGAUUUCUGCAAGAAUAUGAGAAAGAUAAGCCGUGGACAGACACAGAGAUGCACACUCACUCACUCUUUUAAUUAAUUAACUUCAAAGGCGUCAUUACGUAUGUUUUUUUUAGAUUCGGGACAGACUGAGAUUUCAAGUUGCACUAAAUUGUUCACCGUGACGAUCCAGACUCGGGUGGAAUCAGUAAGAGCUUGGCUCAUGGCCAGAGAGAACUGUGGGUACAAAGAUGCUUUUUAUGGACUUUAUGGAUGAAUUCAAAUUUCACCUUUUAAGAUGAGAGAUGGAGAUUGACUGUUAACGGGUUUGCAGUGGAGAGUUGAUGGCGAGCAGACACACGAGAGGCGCAGUGACGAUAUGGAUGGAAUUUUGCAGUUUCAGGGCUUUCUUGUAAAUAUGCAACAUAAAGAGAACCGUGAGGCGCUUCUUUUUUUUCAUAUAUUGUUGUUUUCUCUUGUUGUUAUCUUGUUAUAUGAUUUUAUUUUUUUUACAGCAUAGUUGCUCAGAAUAUUUUCUUUCAUUUUUUCAUUUUUUUCAAAGUCGAUUGAGAAGCUAUAUUGAACAUAACACGUAAAAAAAGAUUAAAUGUACAUUGUAGCUUAAAGGCAAAGGGGAGAAAAACAAAAAUCUGUUGAAUGUAAAACCUUCAAAAACACGUUUUUCUUUUUUGUUGUUAUAUUUCUUUGUCUAGUUUUCUGCCUGUAGCGUUUUUCUAUCCAAAUCUUUUUAACCCCUUCACAUCUGUCGCCACACUGCUAAUUCAUAUCAAAUAAUGCAACCAUGCAGUAUUGCUUUAUUAUCUUACUUUGUGCAAUGAGAUGCUUUAUAAUUGUGACAUCACACUGUUUGUCUUUUUGUCUUUCUCCCCGCCAAAACAAUUGUCAUUUCUCGUCGUGGAUUGUUGUUUGUGGUUGUGACGUUAAGUUGUUGUUAGGCAGGAUAAUUCUUUCGAGCUUUUUUAAGACGUUAACCGUGUGGGAAUCUUUAUCCUGCCCUGCACAUUCCAACCGACAGCACGCUUUUUUGUCCGUUUCUUUUUCUAGCGUCUUCCACUUGUUUCCUAACAGACUUAUCCUCCUCGUCUCCUGUCCUCUCCAGCUUUACUGUGGUCCCACCCAAGCCUUUACCCAGUUUAUUAAGCUAAACUAAAAACCCUUGAAAUGUGCAUUAAAAACAAAAACAUAAAAAAGCCUUUCAUUUUUAUUUCCACGUGUUUUAAAAUAAUUUACGUGCUGCUUUCUUUUGAAUGUUAUUUGUCAGUUUUUUGUGUGCAAACCAGCAGCAGCAGCAGCAGCAAAGCCAAUAGAUCUCCUUUUUCCAAAUCAAAUGUAAUGUAAUGCAUUGCAACGGCAGCUCCACUCAGUUCUCUGCUUCGUCUGCUGUGCUCUCAUUGUUGUCUGUCCUGGCUUUUUUUCCUCCUGUUGUGUUUUUACUGAGCCUUAAAACUGGCUGGUGCGAAAACUGACUCCUGCUUGUUUUUCCUCACUGAUUGAUUGAUUGAUUGGUUGAUUGAUUGAUUGAUUGUCUGGUUGAAUUUGAGGUUGUUUUGCAUGUCUAGAAUCUCUAUUUUUUUCUUGUUCUUAUUGUUGUUUUUUUUGUUAGGAGAUACAACACUGAAGGGUUUUAUGUGUUCGAUUUCACCUUUCAGUAACCGAUAACCCGAGGCUGAUGUGGUUUGUUUUCCUCCUGAAAAAAAAAAGCUCACUGCAGCCAGACAAACACACUUUUUUUAUUUUUUUUUGAGGGUAAACGUGACGUCAGCCUCAGGUCUUCACUGGCAAGGCAAGAUUUCUCCCGUGUGUGUGGUGUGUGUGUGUGUGUGUAUGUGUGAUGGAUCAGCCUCUGGUCUUCAUCAGCAGUCCCACGCACGGUGGAGGAAGCACUUUCUGAGGAGUGGUUCACUCAAGGAGUAUUUGUGUGAAUGUCAAGCCUUACGACUAGCGCUUGAAAAGAUGGAUGAACCUGUAUGAUGCUGAUAAUGUGAUCUAUGUGAUGUAAUGUGACGGAAAGAAAAUAAACCUGAAUGGAAGAA